CCAACUUUACCUCUGCUCUGGUAGCCAAAACCAUUUUUUGGAAGGAAGUUCAAGGAACCACCACAGUACCACACUGCAUUUUAAAAUCUGGAACAAACCAAAGCCGAAACCAAAACCAAAAGCAGAGAGAGAGAGAGAGAGAGAGAGAGAGAGAGAGAGAGAGAUAUGAAGAUGGGAAAUGAAGGAGAAGCAGCCGACCCAGGUUGUCGGCGGCCUCCAAUCUUCUACAGAAUGAUCGUUCCUUCCAUUGUCCAAGACAAGAAACUGAGGGUCCAAGGGAAGUUCCUCAAGAAACUUGGGAAUGAACUUCCAGCAGUCGCUACUCUCACAACUCCAAAUGGUUGCAAUUGGCAAGUGGGAUUAGAGAAAAUCGACGACAAGGUUUGGUUCACCGAAGGUUGGCAUGAGUUCGUAAAACACCAGUCUAUCCGCGUGGGAUACCUUUUACUCUUCGUGUAUGUAGGGAACUUGAAUUUCCACGUGAAUAUAUUCGAUUUGGGUGCUGCCGAGAUAAGAUAUCAAUGUAAAACCCCUUGUAGUUCCGGAGGGCCUAGUUGUAGCAACCGCUGUCGAGUACCUUAUAAGGAAGAAGCAGAACAUGAUGACUCAGUUGAAAUCUUGGGUUCCUUCCCAACUUGCCAAAAACCCACAUCUUUAGAAGCAAAAUUAAAUAGAAGUGGCAUAGCUGAACCCCAGUACAAGGCCGAUGGAGGAACCUUACAUCUAUGUUCUGUAUCGUCAGCUGCUCGAUCUACUCGUGAUGUAGGUAUUCAGUGUGGUUACAGUGAGCUUAUGACAGCUGCAUAUGAAACCAGAUUGCACUGCUUGAGUCGAAAUCCUGAACUAAGCAGGAAAAGAAAAAGAGGGAUUGGAAGUACAGAUGGAAGUGCAUUAUUAGCUAAAAGCGGAAGUGAAGUACAAACUCCUGGCUCUGAAACAACUUCCGGAACUUUGUUGAGGAGCUGGAGAGUAGUAACACCUGAAGAAAAAGACAGAGUACUUAACGAAUCGAAAACUUUUCACUCUGAAAAUCCAUUUUGUAGAGUUUUCUUGCGACGGUCCUAUGUAUACAAGGGAAUUGGCUUGCAUAUGCCAUCUUCAUUUGCUGAGAAGUACCUCGGAGGGGUUUCAGGCUUCAUAACGCUUCAGGCUUCCACUGGGGAAAAGUGGCCUGUGCGUUGCAUGUGGAGCAAUGGCUCCGCUAAGUUAAGCAAGGGGUGGCCUGAAUUUGUACGGGACAACGUGUUGGAGGAGGGCGAUGUUUGUGUCUUCGAGCUGAUCAAGACAGAGGAAAUUGUGCUCAAAGUAACCAUUUUUCGUUUAGUCGAAGACGCGGAACCAGUGAACCAAAUUCCAAAGGAAAAGCUCGCCCGAGUCAGCAAAUUAUCCUCUGGCUAUGAUCUGAACGGAUAGAGUUCGUACUUAGACUUUCUGUUUUUGCUAGACCGCCGGACUCAUUAAAAUGGUUUGUUCAAUUUUACGACCUUUAGCUGUGUGGUGGUUUGUAUACAAAAUUGCUUCUCUUCAGAUGUGCUACAAGCCUACAACUAGAUGCCUGACUUAAGUUCCCUCAUGCGGGAUAAAA